AUGAUUAUUGUUAAUGGGAGAUGUUUAGGUGAUGAAGCGGGUGAAUAUUCUUUUAUCUCUAAUCGUGGUUGUUCUGUUAUUGAUUUGGUCAUUGUUUCUCCGUUAAUCUGGAAAGAUAUUCUCUCUCUUACGGUGGAUCAGUGUUUGGAUUCCGAUCAUAACCCUUUGAUAUUACGACUGGUAUGUGGCAAUGAGAGAUCGGUCUCUGUAGAAAAGAGGCAGAAGAUUAAUAGAUUGUUUUGGGAUGAAUCUAGAAAGGAUGAAUUAAGGUUGGCUAUGGAGGAAAUAUGUACCACGAAUAAGUUUGAUUUAAUGGAAGACCUGAGUGAUUGUCUUUUUAGUUUGGCUUUAUUCCAAUAUAAUUUUGCAAAUAUUUUUAUUUCAGCAAUUCAGAGAGAGGAAGAAAAAGCUAAAAGGUCUCUUAAGGAUGCUGCAAAGAAAAAUAACAAAGAUGUUUGUGUCAUUCUUGCUAAAGAAAUUCUACGAUCAAGAAAAGCAGUGAGUCGAUUGUAUGCUUCUAAAGCUCAGAUAAAUUCUGUAAUGAUGAACAUGAAUCAGCAAUUAGCUACAAUAAGGUUAUCAGGAUCACUUCAGAAAAGUACUGAUGUUAUGAAAAGUAUGCAGAAUUUAAUCAAAUUACCUGAAAUAGCCAAAACUAUGCAAGAUUUAUCAAAAGAAAUGUUGAGAGCAGGAAUCAUUGAUGAAAUGUUAGAAGAUACUCUAGAAGGAAUGGAUGACCAAGAAUUAGAAGAUGAAGCACAGGAAGAAGUUGAUAAGGUUCUUUGGGAAUUAACAGCAGGACAACUUGGUGAAGCACCCGCUGCCGUCACCGAAUCCUUACCAGCAGAAAAAGAGGCAGAAGCAGAAAGUGCAGUGGAUGCUGAAGACACUGAUGUUACAGAAAUGCAGGAACGCCUGGAAGCUUUGCGAAACUAAAUGAAGAAAGUCAAAAUGACAAAACAUUAUUAUUUCUCUUAUCUUGCUUAAAGCUAUUUGUCCUUCAUUUAAUUAGAAUGCAUCUGUUUUGUAAAUUAAUUUCAAAUAUUUAAUAAAUUCUUAAAAGCAAAACAGAUUUAUGUAAAAACAAAAAUUUCAACAAUAAUUAAUAUGCAGUAUGUUGUAAAUCAGCCUUUAUAAUUCAAUUGCUAAAAAAAUUUAUUGAUUUUAAUAUCUUUAUAAUAAUUUAUAAACAAGUCAUAAUGUAAAUAGUGCUUUAUGUAGAAUUAUCUUCUGUAAUAUUAAUUCUGUGUGUUUCUCGAUUGAUUUUUAAAUUUAAUGCAAAAGUUUGUUUAUUAAGAAUGAAAUUACAUAAAAUCAAUAAUGUAUAUUAAAUGUAAUCAUAUAAAAUCAAUAUAAAUA